GGCACGCCCUGCAGCGAUGGCGGGUAUGCCGCCGGCAGCGAGUGUAAGCACCAUGAAUGGGCCCUAUGCAACCUGCGGGAGUCCGGCCCACCCAACAACACCACGCUGAAUAUUGCUGCGUGCCUGUAUUUGGGCCGAAAAGACGAUUGCGCAUGGCCGCGCCGCUUUGUCAAGGAUGAGGUACCGCCCUAUGUACGCAUCUACUCCCGGUAAAGUUCUCUCGGCGAGCAAGACGGCAGGACUGCGUGUGGCGGCGGUGGCACGCACGCAUCGUUGGCGGAGCAUUCUGGCAGCCGGUGAACGGCGGGGGUACAAGAUGUUUACUCCGUGUCAUCUCUCCUCAUCCUUGUUACCUCUACAAUACAGCCAUCAAGAGCCACGCCCUUGCCAGACACGCAUGCUCGCUGUUCGCGUCUCUACGUCUUUCGUCCUGAUGCUCUCGCUCGUGGCCUUCGCCCUUGCUGAGCACUUCGUCUGUGAAUGGCUGGGUCCGGGUCCCGACAAGCCCCGCGCUUACGGCUUCGUCGAGUACUGCACUGCCCGCCGCGAGCGGAUCGACCAGCUGCAUGCUCGCUACCUCUGCGAGCGUGAGAACGUCAACACCGAAGUCGCCAAUUGGGGGUAUCUCGAGCCUCUGGCGUUGGAGUUCUUGACACCCCGAGGAAAAGGAGGAUACGCGCGAAACUACCCGAACCAUAAUUGGGCUGUCUGCCUUUUGCACGAGACGGGGCCGCCGAGCAAGAAGACGCUCGAUAUCACGAGGUGCCUCUAUCUCAAAUCUUACGACGAUUGUGCAUGGCCCGUAAGGAUUAAGGAGCCAGAGCUACCGCCCAAUGUGCGGAUUUACUACAAGUGAACGCCCGGUGCGCUUGCGCCGUGAUGAGGUGGGAGGAACAGCAGGCGCCGCACGCGCGGUGAGAGUGAGGUCGCAGCAAGAGACUGGAAUUGCUCUGGGUUGGGCAGCUUUUAUCGUGGUGGAAGGACGGUGGGGCCAUUCAUUUGGUGAUCCUCAUAGCAUCUCGCCCAACCAAUCCAUUACUCUGUAUUUCAACCAUGAUCAGCCUCCUAGCCAUUGCUUCUCUCGUCUUCCUCUUCGUGGCCUUGCACGGCUCGCUUGCCUUGCACCGCACCUGCAGCUGGAAAGACG